GACAGACUUCCGACCUCUUUCAACCACUAGAUAUGAAGGCCAUCCGAGGCCUCUUCCCGGGAAGAACUCUAGGAGCCACGCUUUCCCGCUUCAGUAAUCCCCACAGUACACUCAUGUCGGCUUCUUUCUCUUCCGGCCAGGCCAACAUGAAUGAGACCAAGGGUGUCACAGAUUCCAGGCAUGACCUCGAGGCACUCAAUCGAUUCACUUCAGGUCGCUGGCUUUGGAAUGAGGGACAGCAGCUUGCCUGCCGCUAUGUCAAGUUCGACCUCUCAACACUUCUGCAACUAGCUGCCUCUGCGAUCGGAUCGAAAUCAUGUACCCAAGUGUUAAAGAUCUCGGAGGGCCAGUAUAACAAAGUAUUCCAGCUUACCAUGGACGAUGGACGCGAGAUUAUUGCGAAACUUCCAAAUCCCAAUGCAGGCAGACCGCACUUCACGACAGCCAGUGAGGUUGCCACUAUGGACUUUCUGAGAAAUGUGCUAAAUCUCCCUGUUCCGAGAGUGUACGCGUGGAGCUCUCGAGCAUCACAGAACCCUGUCGGAGCAGAGUAUAUCCUGAUGGAGAAGCAGGCCGGCGUGGUCCUAACCGAUGUAUGGGACGUCAUCAAAGGGAAGCAGAAAGUACAAAUUCUCGACCAGAUUGUCGAUAUUGAAAGGCGCCUAGCAGCUACAACAUUCUCCAAGUUCGGGUCGUUAUACUAUAAGGACGACCUUCCUGAAAAUUCGGAUCCUACUUCACCCCAAUACCGUGAUUCAACUGGGAAGGAAGUGCAGAGCGAAACCUUUGGCAUUGGACCGACUAACCACCGUUCUUUCUUUGACUUUAGGAGAGGCGAGUUGGAUAUUGACUGUGGUCCAUGGUCAACAGUCACAGAAUUCAUGACGGCUAUUGCCCGGAGGGAAAUCGCAACCGCAAAGUCAGGUCUCCGAUACCCCUUGAUGCCCGAAGGCCUCUUCUAUGGGCCCCGACAAUACCAACCUAGCCUCUCCAAAAAGCUCACCGCGUUGGAAAACUACCUCAAGGUGGCACCUCAUGUUCUCCCAGAAAAUAAAGCCACUCACGCCUCAGUCUUAUGGCAUGGCGAUCUCCAUUCGCAUAAUAUCUUUGUCGACCCCGAAGACCCAGGUCGCAUUGUGGGGAUUAUUGACUGGCAGUCCGUCAGUGCAUGUCCCCUUUUCAUGCAAGUUGGGCGCCCGGCGUUUCUCGAUUACAAUGGCCCGGUUCCUGAUGGGUUGGGGAAAGUCCCCUUGCCACCGGAUUUUGACUCCAUGGAUCCCGAGGAGCAGCGAGAGGCAAAGGAACUCCAUAGGGCACAGACACUGCACAAUCUCUAUCUAGUUCGGUGUCUUCAGGGUAAUGAAACGGUCUUUCAGGCGAUACAGGGCCAGAAUACUCUCCGGCAUCAGGUUAGUGUGGUCCCGGGAUUAGUUCUGAUGGACUACGAGCCGCUUCUCAAUAACUUGUUGCGAGAUGUCGAGAAGGAAUGGGAACAGAUUACUGCCGCGGGCGAGGAUGGUAGUUCUUCUGGAACGCCGUUCCCGUUACAAUUCUCGAAAGAAGAAGUCGAGCAGCAGGUACAAGAUGGAGAGCUAUGGGCGCAAGGUGUCGAACUUAUGGACGCAUUUGUUCGCGACACUGGCUGCUUCAAACACUGGGAUGGUAGGGUUAGCGAUGGAGAUUAUGAAAAGUCUAGAAGGGAGCUGGAUGAGGGGGUGAAGAGGUUCUUGGAUCGUCAAGCCAGAAAUUAUGAGGAACAGAGGGAGUGGCUCAAAGCCCUACCAUUUGUGGAUUGAAAUGGGUGGCAGCUGGAAGAUAUCGCUGAUAUCAGCAUUUCGCAAUUUAACCAGUCUCCCUUAUUUACAAAUCGAAUCUACGCAGGCAAG